UCUUGAUUGGUGAAGAUUUUUAUACAAAUUUACCUACCUAUAUCUCAGAAAAUGCUUGGAGUGAAUUUUUUGAUUUGAUGAAUUAACUUGAAGAAUUCAAACUUCAAUGGAAAUUUAAAUCUGAAAAUGGAUCAGUGGAAUUGAAGAGUAGAUUUUCCAGAAUGGUCCCACAUGAAUCACCAAAGUGCUUAUCUACAACCAAUCCGAAUCAAUUUCAACCGCCAUUACAGCACACCUGAUCAAACCAUUCUAGUGUGAUGGUUGGAUCCCUUACCAUUUUUCCGAAAUGGGCAGCUUACCGAAUCUACAUGAGUUGGGCAAAGAAGGAGAAGAACAAGGUUUCAAACCAGGUCCAGCCUUGGGACAUCUUUGUGGGGGUUGCAAUGGAGUACAAGCCACCACCGAGAAAUCGAAGAUGCUGUAUAAAUACUCCGGGCAUCACAAAAUCACUAAAGCGCGCAGUAAUCCGACAGACUCCAAUAAGAUAGUAUACGAUGACGUCAUGCUUGAGCAUAUGGCCACCUACUCUCCUGUAUCUACGAGAUCAAGAUGUAAUCUCCAUCAGCAGAGUGGAUUCAAACGAAAAGAUUCAAUAAACAGCUCCAUCGGAGCGACAUCUGUGAGAAGAUUAUUGGCAGUUGUUAGGGGAGGGGGAAGUAGUCAGCCAGGUCAUGGUGGUACUCCAGUCAUCACGAGAAGAGUCCUCAUAGCCAAUCUGACCAUCGUCUGCAUCAGUCACCUUUUAACCUCCGCUGCCUACUUGCCUUUUUUGGCCCUACAGGCUUCCGUAUCCGCAUGGUAUCGCCCAGGGGACGAAACGUCGACUAACAUCACAAUCGGUUCGUUCUUGGUUUCAGGAACGUACUUAGUAGCUGCAUUUUUUAGUCUGAUCGCGCCUCUAGUCCUGAAGAGGGUCAGUCCAAGUAUAGUCGUGACGUCAUGUCAUGGCAUCAUGAUAGUCCUUUACCUAUCCCUUCUCUACCCCAUCACGUACGUAGUGGUUCCCGCCUUUAUCGUCUUGGGGUUGGUCCAAGGGUUGCUAAGCUCCGCACAAGUGUCUUUCCUCAUGGUGCUAUCCCAUCGGAUGACAGGGCUUUUCCACGAGGAAGAAGAAGAAGGAAGGCAGGCAAGAAGGACUUGCAUCAUCAGAAGAGUGGCAAGAGCUUUUCAGGCUUCACAUGAUUUCGGUUUGAUCUUGGGCUCAAUACUGUCCGCAAUCCUCAUCAGCUAUUCUCUGAGGAUAAGCGUUAAUGAAAGAUUAUUCGAUAACUUCACUUCCAUAGUCACAGAUGACUGUCCUUGGAACUCCUCGUCUAUCCCCGCCCACUGCCAUAACGCCACUCAAGCCAUGUACGCCACGUCUCCUACAUCAGACGACUACGCCUCUCUGCUCGAUAGUCUAUUCGAUAGGACGGAGGAGGGAAGGCUAUGCGGCGCGCAGGCGUGUCCGGUACGCUUGGCCACGCCCAACUCGACCUUGGAGGCGGGGUUCAGGAUACUAUCCACUGGAAUGGCCGAUACGCUUGUGGGCGUGUAUGCAGGAGCUUGUGGGUUGGCCUUAGUUCUAGCUGCCUUGGGACUGGAUCGCAUCAAGAUGCUGGUUUAUCAGGAUCCCUUAGAGAGAGGAGAGAUGCUAGCUAUCCUGAGGAAUAUUAGAGAUGGCUUCAGGGAUAGGAGACUACAAUGGGCAGCACCUCUAGCUGUAUUCAUAGGUCUUGAACAAGCGUUUAUGUACGCUGAUUUCAGCCAAUCAUACGUAGUGUGCACUUUGGGUAUACAUAGACUGAACUUGGUGUUUUUGGCCAUGGGGCUGCUACAAUCAAUUGCUGCUUGCACACUCAGCAUGUUACUGAGGACAAUCAGAAGAUACUAUGUAGUAGCUGUUGGUUUCGUGUUUCAUGGUUGUCUCUUGAUGGUGCUCGUGCUUUGGAAACCAACUGAGGAUGACCCAGCACUGUUCUAUGUGAUAUCAGCUUCGUGGGGAGUUUGUAACGCCAUCUGGGAGAUGUUAAGCUUUACGUUUUUGACUGGCCAAUACGCGGACAGCUGGGAAGCGGCCUUCACCAACGCAUUCUUCUUCCGCUUCUUGGGCUUUUCAUUGGCCUUUUUUGUACACGGUCUACUCUGCAACGUGCUCAAGUUGUACCUUUUGGCCUUGUGGCUUGUGGUGGCAGCGGUGACCUUCGGUUGGCUCGAGGUCAAGCUAGAGAACGUCCGCAAGAUCAGGAACAUUACUAGGUUAUGACCAAUCAUAAUGCGGUUCUGGUGAUGACUGAAGACAUAUCAACCAUUGUACUUCAAGGAUAAGUAUUGAAAUGUAUUUUUACACCACUAGCUAUAGAACCUACCUUUUCAAGACGUAAAGUGUGUUUUUACUAUCAAGGUAGUUUUCGUCAUUUUAUGAACCACUAUAUAGUCAAUAAAGACAUAGCCACCUCUGCUAUAAUUAACCCGAAUUCACCGUUCUGAUGCGAGAUUCGUAUCAAUUGCAUCAAUAAGGACUUGUUCAUAUGCUAUAUUGUUAUAUUAUAUAUUAGUAUUAUAUUUCAGUUUCUCAGAUCUAUAUGAUGGUUGAAAUAUAUUGCUAGUGGUGAAAAACAUUAAAUAAACACCAUUGGUAGUAAAGAAUGAUAUUACCAUGCGGAACCUCAUACCCCUUGGCUGAAGCCUCUGGAUAUAAUCUUGGGUAAUAAUGAUAUUCUUUAAUACCUUGGUGAAUAAAUGACUAUUACAUGAAUUCGGGAAAUGAGUAGUAGUGAUCCGAAGUACUAGGAAUCUACAAGAGUUGUUGUGGGCAAAAGCAGCAGCACUAAAAUCAUUUUUUCAAUUAACUACUCAGUCAUAGCUUAAGCCCAAGUGUAACAAUCAUUAAAGAAAUCAAUAUAUUUCUGAAUGAAUUUCGAACAGUGUGAUAUUUUUCGAUAAUAACGAAUUUCCUUCACGAAGCACACAGUAACAUAAUUCUUAUAUUAUGUUGACGAUUAUAAGCUGAUAAUCUUGCAUACUUGGAGCGAUAAGCAGGAGAAAAAUGUAUAGAAUGAUUCACAAUAAGUAUCUACAAUUUUACUUUCCUUAGAAAUAUUGGAUGUUAAGGAAGGUGUAUGUACACUGUGUAAAUCCAUGUCACAUAUGUUCAUAGUUAGUAAUGUAAUAAUGAAGACUGGUUCGUAAUUUGGUUGUGUGAACGCUAUUAUGAUGAUGAAUAUCUCUGAUUCAGUAAUUUUUUCAUUUCUAAAGAUAUUUAGUUAGCAUUAUAGGUAUCCUUACUAAAGUUAGAAGGUUUUUGUAAGUUUUACAAUAAAUAAUAAAAUACAGUAUAUUGAAAGGCGAUCGUCACCUACUCUGAAUUUUUAGUAUCAUUGAUCAAUAUUAUCAUCAGACCUAAUUUGUGGAUUGUUUUGUAGGAAGACGUAAUUUUGUAAUAUUGGUAUACACAAUUUUCCUGUUUCUAGUACUGUUGAAUAUCUGUGAAUAUACGACGAAUCAAAUCAUAGCACUAUAUUUGUAAAUGACAGAGGAUGAUUUACCAUGAAUGUUUUUCCCAGUUAUCAGCAGCUAUUCCAAACUAAUUCUUCACCAUUAACUUCCGAAAUAAUUCAAUAUUUCGUGAUCCGAGAUUAUUCCCACUUUCGAAAUUUAGGAUUGCCUUGUAUAUUUCAUUGAACUUGACGACAUAUGUUUUAGAAUAACGUCUGAAACAUUCAAGGAAACACUCAGUACAUAAAAUAAGUAAUUUUUGUGCGCCAAAUGUUUUCAUACUAUUA